UGCCAAGUCUCAUGUUAAAAUCUGAUCCCCAACGUAGGAGGUGGGGACUGGUGGGAACUGUUUGGGUCGUCGAGGUAGAUCCCUCAUGAAUGACUCGGAGCCAUUCUCUCAUUCUCUCAGGAGUGAGAGCUGGUUGUUAAAGAGCCUCCUCCCUCCUCCCUCUUCCUCCCUCCCUCCUCUUCCUCCUCCUCUCCACCUCCUCCUCCCUCCUCCUCCUCCUCCUUCUCCUUCUCCUUCUUCUUCUUCUUUUCUCUCUCUCUUCCUCUCUCAGCAUGUGAUCUCCACACAUGACGGCUCCCCUUCGCCUUCCACCAUGAGUGGAAACAGACUGAAGCCCUCACCAGAAGUAGAUGUCAGCACCAUGCUUCUUGUACAGCCUGCGGAACCUUCCAUUGUGAGUGCUGUGGCUUGUGUUUCACAUCGUGUGACAACCUGUGGCCCUGCACCUCCCAGACACAGUGCCAGGUGCCACCACCAUGUGAACAUGACCGGGCUAGCCUGCUGGAGAAUGAAAGACAUGUGUCCUGACCACCCUGUCACCUAGCUGAUAGCAAGCUCUUCCCAGAAAAAAGAGCGACCUUAAUGACUUGCAUUGUCUGCAGGCUCAUGAGGGAGCCCAGCUGACACCAGAAUAAUCACUCAACUGAGUUCAGCCUAACUGAUGACCCUCAGAAUAGUGAGCUAAAUAAAUGGUGGUUGUUUUAAGCUGCUAAGUUUUGGGAUGGCCUGCUUCAAAGCAAAAAUGAGCUACUAGUAUCUGUGUGGCUCAUUUUCAUGCCAUAGCUCCAAUGACUGACAAGGAGUGGAGCUCCUUGGAAUUGGUCAAUAAAAGCACAAAGCAUUAGGGAAUGGAGCCAAGUCUCAGGUUCAUAGGACACUUAACUAGAGAGAAUCAGAUGGAAUGGAGGAGUGGGCUGAUGCUGCCAAUGAAUUCAGAGCUGAGUCCAGCAGUCAGGAUUGUUGUUAUGCCUGCAAAGCCCCAGACCCACCUCCUUUCCCUUAGGGGCAGGUUGGGUGGCUCCUUUAGUUCUAGUCUCUGCAAAACAACAAGCAGUGUUUUGUGUUCCAGUCAGAAGGGAACUUAACAUCUUACAAGACAGCCACCAGUCUUACCACAGGAGUUCUUAAUUUGUGGAGUUUAAGGGGCCAAGUGGGAACAAUGGCAGAAAGAAGAAAAGUGUCUUUGGAGUGAACCUACUCAGAGAUGCCAAUGCCUUCUCACUUGAAGGGCAGAACAUGAAAAGUAGUAAUUUGCUCCGGCCCAGCCAGGGGAUAGAAUGUUAAAUGUAAACAGCUGUUUGCUUUGUAAUGGUCUGGUCUGGAAGGCUCCAUGACAGGAGCGAGUCACAGAAUUUUAGAUCUGGAAUGAGUAUUAAAGAUUGUC